CCUCCAUACACACACAAAACCUAUCACUGCCAUAUACAGCAACAUUGUUUUAGCAUACACAAGUUAAGGCCGAACGACUUUCCAAAUGCAACGCGCCUUCGUCCUGACAACCCAGCACGCGAGGUUCUACAUUCACUUACCGAAAUAGUUGGGCAAUAGUAAAGUCACCAGCUGUGAUUGGAACUGCGACUGGGUCGAGACAGGAGCCGAGCUCUGUGGCACGCAGACUUGUAGAGCUCGCUACCGUCUAGCCUUCUGCAGGUUACUUGACUUAAUCUAAAGGGGCCUGCGGCGCCCAGCGCCAGCCAUGCCUUCCCCUGCACGCGAGAAGCUGAUGACCAUCAAGGCGAUGGAGGAAGCGAAAGGGCGGAGCCAGCACGCGCGCGCCCCGGCCAUCUUCAGGGACACAGCGCUUGACACGCAUAAAAGCAUUCAACCAGAGUACUUCGGGCCAAGCACUGUGCCCGAAAAGAAAGAGUUCUCUACACGCCUGAGCUCUGGACGAACACGCAGCGUCACGAAACACCAGCGUGCGGCCAUGGAAGCGCUCCAGAGGACGUCUCAGAUGGCGGGCCAGGGCGAGGUGCGCACCGUGUUCAUGCCCACGGCAGAGCAGAUGCCGGUGUGCGCCGCCGCUGGCGAGCGGCGAGGCAAUGUGGCCAACAGCGAGUGGGCGCUACUAGACACACUCGAGGUGAACCUGUACCUCAACGAGAAGGACGCCAGGCUGCGGUCCCAGAAGGCGGUGCAGCAGACACAGCGCGCGAUCCUGGACACACAAGUGGGCAUGCUGGCGCAAGCCAAGUUGGCGGCUGAGACGGCGAAGGCUGCUGAGCGGGUGGAGCUGCUGGCGACUGUGGCGGCGCACCAGGCGGAGGAGCGGCAGCGAGCUGAGGAGCAGCGGGCGGCGCUAACGCGGCUGCGCACUGACCGUGAGGCCAUGCUAGCUGAGACGCGGGUGCAGCGCGAGGCGGCACUGUCUCGUAAGCGCGAGGAGGAGGCGAAGCUGGUGGCUGCGGCACAGGCCCAGCUGGAGGCGGACCGGCAGGCGGCGGCGCGCAAGGCGGCAGAGCUGAAGGAGCAGGCGGCGAAGACAAUGGCCGACAAUGAGGCGCGGCUGGUAGCGCGGAAGGCGGCGGAGGCAGCUCAGCGGGUGGCGGACGCUGAGACCACCAAGCGCAUGAUCGAGAUGGCCGAGGCGCAAGAUCGUGCACGCGAUCGCAACAUGAAGUCAUUCCAUGACAUGAUCCAGGCGCGCGCGCGCGGUGUGGGCCAGAAGGCGGUGGACGACCGGCGCGACCGCCUGGAGCGCGAGGAGCGGCUCAUUGCCGAGGCCGAGCGCGCGGCGGCGCAACGCGAGGCGGAGCGUGCGGCAGCUGAGGCAGAGCGCAAGGCGCGGCUGAAGAGCGACCUGGUGUCGGGCAAUGAGGCGCUGAAGCGGGCCAAAGCGGAGAAGCUGGCGGUGGAGCGGGAGGCGGAGGCGCGCGAGCGGGCGGCGGCUGAGCAGCGGGUGCUGGCGGAGAAGGAGGCGGCGGAGCGCCAGAUGGCGGGCAUGCGCGAGCGCGCCACUGCCACCAAGCGCUUUGUGGCGGGUCAGGCGGCGGCGGUGGCGGAGCGCGCCAAGACGGAUGACAUCUUCAUGUCGGAGCAGGAGCGGUUGCUCAACAAGCGGCUGUUGGAGCAGGCGGUGGCCACGGUGCAGCGCCCAAUGCAGUACUCGGUCAAGCUGUACUAAAGUAAACGAAUGCAUGGCUUGUAGCGACUUAGAUGCGCUGAUGAUGUUGACAGGUUUGCAAAGGUGUGCCGUAUGAGUCGUAUGGUGUCGUGGAGUGGAAAGAUGCGUGUGGCGGUGAUUUUGCAGGGGGGCGGGGCUAUGUCAUGUACAUGGUGCGUGUGUGUGACGGUGCGGCGCAGCUGGUAGCGUGAACCACCAUGCACAUCGUGCGCAUCGUGCCUUGCAAAGGUGCGAUAUGACACAAAUGACGACAUGCAAUAAAAACACCCAGUCGAUAUGCCGUUGCGCCCUCGAUCCCGGUGGGGUAUGUUUGUUCCUGCUGGUGCACCAUUCCUGGGCUGCAAGAGGAAGGGGCAUCCGUGCACAACUAGGCAAAGCUGCCGCCUCUGGUACACACUUGAGGAGUUGGGGGGCCACACCAGUGGCGAAGCUCCAAUUGCUGCCAAUCAUAGGCCCGGAUGCUGUGAGCCAGACUU